AUGGCUGCUACAUCGCUGAGCGCCGAUUUGCAUCCAGUGUUGACGGAGUACGUUAUUGAAAGGCUGAGGAAAAAUAAAAUCACCUCGGUGUACAGUUUCAUCACGAUCAGUACGGACAAGCUGCUGAACAUCACCAAUCUGUCCAGGGAACACAUCUCGUUGGUGAAGAUCGACCUAAACAAACGGUUCGCCGGCCGGUACUGCAAUGGAUCCACGAUCAACCCUGGGGCAGCAGUCCCGAUGAGUACGGGCGUACCGACAGUGGACACGCUGCUGCAAGGUGGAUUACAUCCUGGUCACGUGUAUGAGAUCUGCGGCAAAUCCGGUGCCGGAAAAUCGAUUCUUUCCAUGACGAUCGCGGCCAACGUUGCGUUGCGGUACAGUGGUUCCGUGUGUAUUAUCGACACAAAGUGUGAUUUUUCGGCGCAAAAAACACAACUGAUACUAAACCACCGUCACAGUAAGCUCUCCGAGAAAGAACUGGGCCACACGAUGGCUCGUAUCAAGGUGGAACGGAUAUUUUCCCCGGAGCGGCUUGUGCAGACCGUGGAAGAGCUGGCCGCUGGGAAGCAUUUCGACGAGCAGGCAAACUUGAAACUGCUCAUCAUCGACUCGCUACCUGCGCUGUGGUACCUUUUCCAGGAUUCCAAAAGCUCCUGCGAAGCGUUGGGUUUGCUGACGAAGCUCAUAUGCUCGCUGCGGAAGUUGGCCGCACAGUACUGCGUCGGGAUAGUGCUGGUUAAUUUAGCGGUCAGCGUGGUGGAUGGGUUAGGGCGCAGCGGAAGUGAAAGUAAGCGAAACGUAUGCUCUACCGGGGCCUAUUCUGCGUUAGGACGAUUUUGGGAAAGUGCCCCUGGCACGAGGCUACUGCUUCAAAACGAAUCCAGCAACGGCUCGGGCUCUCGAUCGGUACAGGUGUGGAAGAGCAAUUAUCUCAGAUCGGGCGAAAAGACCUUCUUUCGGAUUACGGACGCCGGUGUGUGCUAG